GCGCGCACGCUCACACUUCCUCCAUCAGAGCAUCGAUGAGCUGUUCUGCAAGUUUAACAAUAGAAAGAAAAGAGAGAGAGAGAGAGAUGAGUAAGAACAGACCGCAGAGCGUUCCUGGAGCAAAACGCGUCUAAACGGGCACUGAAGUGAAGUUGCCAACAGCAGCAGAAUGACGGGCGGCGCGAUCAGGCAGGAGUUUCCUCUGGAGCGUCCGUGAGAGGAGCAGAAAUCAUGGCCGGCAGGGUCAAUUUUUACUCGGAUCUGGUCACUGAUAUAGAAAGUCCAGCUGAUGAAGAUGGGGUUCAUGAUUCAUUCAGUCAGCUGAUUGAGGAACAGUGUCAUGACCUUCAUGAUGACUUUCAACCUGACUUUCAUGAUGCCAUAGAGAUGACCUCGCUGGACCCGGAGGAGGAGAGCGGAGAUGACAUCAUGCAUCUGGAGGGUCCAGCGUACCAUCGGUCUGACAGCGAGGUGCCGCAGCAGACGGAUCAUUUGAUAGGAGAUCGCUGGUCAUCUGACACACUGAAAGUCCUGUCCUCGAUGCCCAGCCGCACCAUUGGUCGCAGUCGAGGAGCGAUCAUCUCUCAGUAUUACAACCGCACCAUGCAGCUGCGCAGACGCAGGCAGAGCAGACCCUCCAUACAACACUUCCCUCGGUCUGCGCGUCCCAGCAUACGCGGUUACCGCGUGGAAACGGACGGAGCCGAUUUUGAGGAGGAGGAAGAUAAUAAGAGGGAGCGUUUAGUGAAUAAUCUGCAGAAUCUGUCAGCGAAUGAUCGUGUGCGCAUGUUGAGAGCGAUGCCACUGAGUCUCGCUGAGAAGAAAGAGCUCAGGAUGUUGGUGUUGAAUAAAGCCGAACACUCUCUGUCUCAGAGUCAGAUUCCCUGCUGCAGUCAGCUCAAGUAUUACAUCAUCAUUGCGGUGAGACACGGAUGGUACGGCUGGAUGUCGUUCCUGUCCUCGCUGCAGUUGUGGCAAACGGCUCUGAAGUGUGUCGGCGGUCGCUUCGGGACGGGCGUUCUGUCGUAUUUCAUCUUCCUCCGAACGCUCCUCUUCUUCAACGUCUUCCUGUUCCUGGUCACGGGUUUGUUUCUGGUGGUUCCUCAGGCCGUGCUUCCGGAUCCGGACCAGAACACCAGCGUCAGUAGCACCUGGGGGUUGGAGGUGCUGACGGGCACUGGUUAUUUCUCAGACUCUCUGCUGUAUUACGGUUACUACAGUAACCACACACUACAGAGGAAAAGCAGCUGUUAUGAGUCCAUGACUCCAUGUGGGUCUGGACUGUCCUAUAACAUGCCUCUUUUUUACUUCUUCACCAUCGGCGCGGUCUUCUUCGUCACCUGCAUCAUCCUCGUCUACAGCAUGUCCAAGUCCUUCGGUCAGAGUUUUUGCAUCGAUAAAUCUAAAGGCCUGUUGGCCAUAAAGGUGUUUAGCUCGUGGGACUUUAAAGUCAGCAAGAAAUCCUCCGUGAAACUCCAGCAAGCGAACAUCGGCACACAGCUCAAGGAGCUGGUGGCAGAAGUCAACCGCCAAGAGCUGAAGUUUCCCGUUCUCCAGCGACUGUGGCGGCUGUUCGUCCACAUGCUGGCGUGGCUCAUGUGUUUGGGAAGCACAGUGGGGUGUAUGCUGGCUGUGUUCUACUUCUCUGAACACAUGCACAAUAAAGACGUCAAAAUUCGUUCUGGUUCCCUAUCUAACACGAGCUCGUCUGACAGCCUGUUGCUGAAGGAGGCGAGUCUGUUGGCCGUUCCCGUCGUCGUGUCCAGCAUUAAUCUGCUCCUGCCGGGAUUCUUCAACGCCGUGGCCUGGAUGGAGGAAUAUGAUUCUCCCAGCGUGCUCAAUUACGUCUCCAUCAGCAGGAACCUGCUGUUGAAAGCGAGCGUGUUGGGAGUGCUGUGCUACCAUUGGCUGGGCCGCGUGGCAUCGAAACCUGAGAGACUGGGCUUACAGUGCUGGGAGAGUUUCGUGGGGCAGGAACUGUACCGUUUCCUCGUGAUGGACUUCAUCUUCAUGCUGCUGGACACUUUCUUUGGAGAGUUUCUGUGGAGGUUGUUUUCUCAGAAAGCGCUGAAGAGGAAGAGGAAACCCGUGUUUGAUAUCGCGCGGAACGUUCUGGAGCUCAUCUAUGGACAGACUCUGGCCUGGUUGGGCGUGUUGUUCUCACCUCUCCUUCCUGUGGUUCAGAUCAUUAAACUGCUGUUUCUCUUCUACAUGAAGAAGGUCAGUCUGAUGAUGAACUGUCAGGCGUCGGGGAAGCCGUGGCGCGCCUCUCAGAUGACCACCAUCUUCAUCACGCUGCUGUGCUUCCCGUCGUUCCUGGGCGCCGCCGUGUGUGUGACGUACACCAUGUGGACGAUGAAGCCGUCGGACGGCUGCGGUCCGUUCCGCGGUCUGAGGACCAUGUUCCAGGCCGGGAAGCGGUGGGUGCAGCAGCUGGCGGAGGUGAACCCCAAACUGUCCUGGCUCGUCUCGGCUCACACGUACCUGGUGGAGAACCCGUUCUUCCUCUUCCUGUGCGCCGGCAUCUUCCUGAUAGUGAUUUACUUCCACAGUCAGGUGGUCGACGGUCAGCGGAAGAUCAUCGAACUCCUUCAGGAACAGAUUGAGAAUGAGGGCGAGGAUAAAAAGUUUCUCAUCACGCGGCUGCAGGACAUCCAUGAACGGAAGCGUGUCGUCUCACCGCGCCGCGUCCGAGGAGCCAGCGAGGAUUCCAGUUAUUCCUGACGCUCUCCACGAACUGACGGAGACGCUGAGCCGUUCCUGCGGAUGUGGAGCCGUACGAACCGACCGGACGCGCUUCUGCGCACGACUCUCGUAGAAACCGCUGGAGUCCAUCAUGACCCACAUGAUGAUGAUCAGAGCACCUGAUGGUCAGAUUCUCACACUCAUGGUUUCUCAGUUGGUUUCUAGUAAAUCUGUGGAAGUUUUACAUUGGUGAUGGUGUUUUCUUGCCGUCUUUAUUAUCAAGACACUUUUAACUUUACUGUGAAAUGUGGACAUAUUUAAUAUUGACCGUUCCACUGCCCUGCCGCUCUCGGAGACUGGACCUUCCGUUUUAUGUACUGUGAUAUUACUGAACCACUUUUAAAAUAAACAUUUUUAUUAUGAAUAAA